AUGGACAUCUCUAAGAUAAUUGUACUUGUCAUCACUUUAAACUUUAUYAAAGUUCAAAGUUCUGAUAUUCUUGCACAUUGGAGACUCAAUGGAUCAGAAAAUGAGAUAACCCUUCAUGGAGGACCGAUAUUUGUUGAAGGUCGUUUACCAGACACUAAAGCUAUUGCCUUCAGGAAGAUGAAAAGCUAUGCAAGAAUUCCAAGUGUCAGUCUUCAAUAUAGAAGUUUUUCCAUUGCACUGUGGAUUAAAAUGUACGAAAUUCUUCAAAGACCACAAAACUUUCUUAGUGAUUGGUAUAAGCCGUGGAAUUUUCACUUCGGAUUUUUGACCCAAAGAGAACUGGUAUUUGGUCGACACUCUUUACAGGAUGAUUGGACUUUUGGAAUGAUAAAUUGGAGUGACUUCAGGCCUCAAGAAUGGCAUCAUCUUGUCUUGACUUGGAACAAUAGAUCCAGAGUGUACAAGUUGUACAUAAACGGAAGUCAAGUAGAAUUUCAGCAAUUUGUAUCGCGUACACAGCAAGUAAAAUCAUUCCCGCAAUCAAUAACGUGGUACCCAGAACGAUCGACCUUCGAGAUUGGUAAUGAUGGAAAUUGGGACAUGCCGAAUAAUAACCAGUUCUUCGGGGAAUUGAUGGACCUCUACAUUAUUGAUGGUGAAAUAAACAGCGCUCAGAUCAACUCACUCAAAGAAUACAAUGUACUUGAUUCAAGCAAGUUGAUCAGUAAGCCUAAAGAAACGCGUGAAUGCAUUCAAGGCACGUCAUGGAGGAUUGCGUACAGCGAUGCCAUCCAAGACCAUGCUAUUGUUGGUCCUCUCUUAAAGUCYAUUACGGCUUUAACCGACAACGACUGCAAAGAUGCUUGCUUCAUGCACGUCCCUGAUGUGUGCUACAUGUUCAACUAUCAUCCACAGACCAAGAAAUGUGAACUUUUCUACAAAGGCCGCGCUUCAGAWUACAGACUAGAAGUUAGGCCUGGAUGGAUUUUUAACACCCAUGAUUGCAAGUAUAAUGGUUGUCUCAAUGAUGGGCAGUGCUACUCACUGGGCGAGGAACAUCAUACAGCCUGCAUAUGCAAGCCUGGAUUCAAUGGACCAAGGUGUUCUUAAUUCAUGUAAGGUAAACUCAGGUGCUAGUAGUAGCUGGAGAGAAG